AUGAAUCAACUGGAAAAGCGUAUUUGGGUGUAUAUUCAUCAGUGAGUUUUUAAUCACCCUUUCCACCCUGAAGAAUCGAAUUUUUGCAGAGAAAUCAUCAUUGGACACAAAUUCGAAAAGGUCGAUAAAGAUUUUUGGGAGAGUUUCAAAUCGGAGAAGGAUUGUAGGCACAGUGUAGAAGAUUUAGAAAUGUUUUUCGAGACAUCGAUGAAGACCAAUUUGCUCAAGAUGAAUUUGGAGAGCUGGAUUAUUUUGGAUCUGUAUAAACAUCUAAAAAUCCCGAUUUCGAACAUCGCCCAGCCGGAAAUUGAGCAAAAAUUCAACAUUGUUAUGAAAUUGGACGAGGAAAGAUUCCUGUUGGAUUACGAUUAUAUCCGCAAAAGCCCGGUCAACCCAAAACAUCCGAUUUUAAGUGAAAGAAAGGCGGCUCGUCGAAGUGUCGAGCGUCGCGAGGCUUUCACCAUCAGAGACAAGCUCCGAAUGGCUCAUUAUUUGUAUGGAAAAAUGGUGGAGGCGGAGGAAAAGGGUGAGCGCAUUUUUCCGCGCGGAAAUUUGAUUUGGCGGGAUUAUCGAUGUGAUGUGGAUCGCGGAAGAAGUGUUUACAAUCACAGGCAUAAAUUUCUGACUUUUUUUCCUGCUGGCUCCGCCCCCUGCCACGAUUACACGUUUCACGUUUUUCAAAUAAUUUUUUCGAUUUCAUCUUUUUUUCUUCAUUAAAUUUCGAAAUGCAAAAAAUCAGAAAUAAUUUUUGCUUGAAAAAAAAACGUGCCGCACCUUGCCAAAUAAAUCCCGCCUCCCGAUUCACGCGAGAAAUUUUUUUUUCUGCGACAGGAAUUUCUGAAUUAAAAAAGUCAAGAAUUUAUGCCUGUGACAAUCAUCAAAGCCAGUUAGUGUAUUUUAAUUUUGAAAAAAUAUUAUUUUCAUAGAAAAUUUCUUUCAGCUUCACCCGACAAAUGA